AUGCCGGUCUUGGCAGCGGGCGCCGCGGCGCUGUUCUCAGAGCACGGCUGUGGCAGAUGGGGAGCGGCUGCGACCGCGGCCGCCGGGGGUGUGGCUACUGGCGCCUUCUCGCAGGACGCCUCGGAGAUCUUUGGGGAGACGCCCGACGUCCUAGAAUGGAUGGAUCGAUCGGAUUCAGGGGCUCGCAGCCGCAGCGCGGCGGCGCGGCAUGACGACAGGAGGGACAAAGGCAGGAUCCUUCGGGGCUUGGCCAAGUUGAUAGAUGAGAAGAACGCCAUUAUGGAGGCGACAGUCUGCGAGAGCCUGCUGGACGGCGCGGCGCGGUCCCGGUUCCGCCGGGGCGCGCAGCUUUUGAAGCGCCUGCAGCAGUGGGAGUCCCGUCAGAGCCAGGACUUCGACUUUGGCGGGUCGAAGGAUCGCUCUGCAGUAUUUCUUUGGAUGGGCAAGAGGACAAGAGUGAAGUGUCCGGUUUAUGGCAGUUGCUUUGUGGCUGUCCUUCCCAUCAGCUCCUUUGACAUCCACUGCGCUCUUUGUGUGGGAGGUGAGCUGCUGCAGUUCCCCGAUCUUCAAGAGCUGGUCUUGAAGACGGGCAAGCGACCACGCCGGACAAGAACGGAGGAGCAGAAGAAGGCGGCCGAGCAGAAGUGGCUGGCAGCGAUGGCUGCUCAGACCCAACUGGCUGGGGAGCAAGGCGCCAAAGAAGCAGGGGCCGCGAUCGAGGCCACCAAAGCGUGUGGCUUCUCAAGCUCGCCCGUGAGCAGCUUGCCUGCUAGCCCGUUCGAAACCCAAUCCCCGACGAUCAGCGGACGCAUUGCGCAGUUUACGGCUUAG